AUGGAUGGUGAACGGCACCGGCACAGGGACCGCAAGGACAUCUUCACUGUCGACGUCACUGACAUGAUUGUCAUCCUCGCGGCCACACUAGCCAUGCUGAUGGUCACAUGGCUCGCCUUAUGGGUCAAGGGACGUCGCCAAGGCUAUAACUUCUUUCGUAGGUACGGGAUUGAUGGGCCGACACCCGAUCUGCUCUGGGGAAACUGGAAGCAGCUGAAGAAAGACAGGAUAGCGGUUUUGGAAGAGUGGAUCGCGAAGUACGGAAAGGUGUUCGGAUUCUACAAGGGCACUGUACCGUACCUAGUCAUCAGCGACGUGGACAUGAUCAAAGAAUGUUUCAUCAAGGAGUCGGGCAUCUUUUACGACCGCCCCCGCACUGCUCUCGAAGUGAAACCCUACAGCAAGACGCUGCUCUUCUUACGAGGGAAGGACUGGAAGCAUGUGAGGACAGUGCUGAACCCGAGCUUCAGUGCAGCCAAGAUGAAGCUGAUGACGCCAAUCAUAAGUCGGUGCGUGCACGACUUCAUGGACGUGCUCAAGGAGAAAGCUGAGACAGGCGAAAAGUUGGAUGUCAUGCAAGUCUCGCAGGGGCUGUCGCUGGAUGUGAUCGCAAAUUGCGCGCUGGCUUGGCAGCUGGACGGCCAAAAAAAGCCGGACAAUCCGCUGGCGCAGCUGCUACGUGGAAUCCUGUACGAGGCGGAGACUUCCUUGACCAUGAGCGUCGUGGCGUUUCCUUUCCUGGGGAAGUGCGCCACAUGGUCGUACGCCGGCACCGUGCAUUACAGGCGCACAUGGCAGAUCAUCGAGAACGUUCGUCGCGUGGUCGAGGAACGACGACGCUCCCAGAAGACCGGGUCCGUGGGCAGCAGCACCCGUCGGGUGGACAUCCUUCAGUUGCUCUUGGAAGAUCAAGAGGUGGCUAAAGCACGCAAGGCUGCCGACGCCUCAAGAGGGACAGCCAAUCAGCCAGGAGGCCUCUUCGAGCCCAUUGAUGACGAUACUUUGCUGGCGAACAGCCUGCUAUUCCUGAUGGCCGGUUUCGAGACCACGGCAAGCGCCCUGUCAUUCAUCCUGCAUCUCAUGGCUCAGCAUCCAGAGGAGCAGGACAAGGUGCGCGAGGAACUCCUGCGGAUGUAUCCGGUGGACGAUGACCUCGACUACGGCCAGCUACAACAACUCGAGCGGCUGGAUAUGCUCGUGAAGGAAGCGCUGAGGCUGUAUCCUCCUGUCACGAUGCUGGUGUCGCGCCACUGUCGCGCCGACGCAACCAUUCUCGGACAAUUCUUCCCGGCAGGCUGUGAGGUGCUUGCGCCGGUGUGGCACGUGCACCACGACCCUCAGCUUUGGCCCGAGCCAUUUCGCUUCAAUCCGGAGCGAUUCAGUCCCGAAGUGGCGAAGGGUAUUCAUCCUGGUGCCUUUAUGCCGUUCGGCAUCGGGCCUAAAUCUUGCAUCGCGAACCGGUUUGCCUUACUCGAGUUGAAGGCAGCACUCUGCAAGUUCUUAAGGACCUACGAAGUGUUAUCCUGCUCGCGAAUGGAGGAACCUAUAGAACUCAUCGUGCAGACGAUGAUUAUUCGUCCUAAGGUACCAAUACAGGUCAAGCUGCGGCGAAGGAUGUAAGCAGCGGCUUGCGACAAGUCCCCAAUGCUGACCACAGAAAACCGUACUCUACUAUCGUCAACUGUUCCGAUACUGCACGCUUCCCCCUGCCCAUCGAAUGAAUCAGAAUUAGGAUGACUUAAGCUGCUCCUAUAUCAGUACUUACCUACAGUGGAACGACUGUCCUCUUUGGCACUAUGAACGCUUUUAAUUUCUGACUCCCGAAAAGCCUUCGAUCACAUAUCGUGACA